AUGCCCUUCAUGAUGGGCAUCAGUCAGCUACUUACACCCCUUGAUGAGUAUGAUCUCACUUUCCCGGACCUCACGGCCUUCAUUCAGCUUGUAUGCAUGGCAAAACCAUUCAUUCACCAGUGCAUGACUGACAUCCAACAUCCACCCAUCCACCCUCCAGAAGUCGUCAUAUCCCUUCUUGCUGGCACGCUCAGUCAAGACCCACUGACUAUCCUCGCAUGCUGGGUAGCAUUCUGUCAGGUUAUCUGGACUCAUGGUGCAGUACUCCCAACUGACCAGGAGAUUGAAGUAUUUAACUGUCAUGGACUUGUGUGUGGUAUUGAAUGUCAUACCAGAUAUUACCCCAACUAUUGGACUAACAACACCAACUCGACAUGCAUUUACUAUGCUGGUGUUCCCAGCGUCAUUCAGGCUGCAAGGCAUUUCUAUAUUGAAGCUGUGCUGUUGGAACUUUUUGCUGCAACGAAAGUCUUCAGAUGGAUGUCUAGCAUGAACUGUGCUCACAUGUACAACUAUGCACUUGCUCAAUGGCAUGCCUACAUCUUGAAUAAUAGAUGCGCUUUUGAUGCUACACUUCCACAAGCUCUUGACAAGGAAUUUUCAUGGCAUUGCCUUGUUCUCCCCCAUGAUGAGCAACAACAGAUCCAAAUUGAUGUUGUGCUGAGUAUUGGGCAGGAAGCAUACCCGCAUGCCUGUGACUUAUGCUUCAUCGUUAUUGGUGACGACAACUCAAAAUACUUGAACCAGUGGUGCGCAGUUGAUGGCUGUGAUGAGGUCAAUGCCUCUGGAUUUCGAACAUGUGCCAACACAGACCACCAGGCUCUUGAAGAUGCCUACUUCAAGCCCACGAAAGCUCUCUUCCAGCUGCAAGCACAGCUCAAGAGGGCUGGUGUUACCUUGCCCUUGGACUCUGUUCCUUCAUCCUUGGAUAGUGGUAGUAGUAACCCUAACAGCACAGAUGAAGACCUCGAGGUGAUUGUUGGCUCUGAGUGUGACACGUGGGCUACGUUUUUUGGGUCUGAGGCUGUCUCUGCUGUUAAUCUAACAUUUAAACUCAAGGAAUUUGCAAAGGCAGUAUUCCCUACUGCCACAUCAACACCUGAAUACUUCGUCUUUGACAACAACUGCAAGCUCCACACUCACCAAGACGCUAUUGGUGAUGACCACUUUGCUGCAACAGGGAUGCCUGUUGAUGUGUUUCAUUUCAACUCAAAACACAAGGAAACUGACACCUACUGUCAGCAGCACUGCAACCCUGCUGCUUUCCCAGAGCUCAUUUCCGGUGGCAAGUGGCGAUUUAAUACAUCAAUCUGCGAACAGACAAAUGUUUGGCUAGGCGGGUAUCAGGCAAUCCUGCAGGACAUGUCUGUACACCGUCAAGUUCUCUUCAAAGAACCCCCAGGAUUGCCUGGCACUUAUCAGCGCUGGAAUCAACAACCACAUCACGGCCAACCAGUGCUCAGCUCAUUCUCCCAACACCUAGAAAGUUUCAUGGACAUCACUUGA